CCCUCACACAACACAACUCUUUCUAGAGGGAGAAAAGGGGGAGCUUUUUAGAGAGAGAAAGCCCCUCUAUAUAUACAGAUACACGCAGAGAGAGAGAGAGGGGGAGAGAGAGAGGGGGGGACAGAGAGAGUUGAUUGCUAGAUAGUUGUUCCAUGGCAAUCUGUUGCAGUGACUUGAUUGUUUAGAGGGGUUCCGUUUCCCCACUGAUGUUCUCAGCUCAAGAUUGUGGUGCAUAUCAAAAGGCCCAAACAAAUGCCAUCACUAAAAAUGAAGACCAAAUCAACUGCAGGGUGUUUAAGAGAAAAAAAUGGUCUCCGUGUAUGCCAGAAGUCAAGUAUGAUAUCCAAGAAUUCUUUGUCUCGUGUCAGGAUCUUGGGAGACACAGCAGAAUUUGAUUAUUGUAAUCAAAAUAGCCAGGAUGGUUCUGCAUGCAAUAGAGUACAUGAUCUGGAGAAUGGAGGCAACAAAGCUAUUGAAGAUAAUGACUUGGUUGAUGGACAAAACAAUCACUUUCCAAAGCACCUAUCACCUUUGAUUGAUUACACAACGGUUGGGAGAAUGGAAUCUACUCCAGCCACCUCUGCACCAAACCUAGAGACGAUUUUCUCACCCAUGUUGGAAUCUAUUGAAGAUCAAACUGAACCAGAGGACAACAAUAAUGCAGGCAGUAAGAAAGCUAUUGAUGAGCGGCUAUUGGGAGCUGAUGAUAGUGAUGAUAACAGACGAAGCUCGUGUGACCUUCAAACUUGCAAUGUCUCGGAUUUCUACAUUUCUGAUAUGAUUGUUGCAGGCUUACCAAUUGAAAGCAACUCAGUUUAUGAAGAUACAACUGAAGCAACCUGUUUUGCUGAUUACAAAUGUGAUGAGCCAAGUACAUUAUUUGAUAUGGCUGAAGAAUUCAUGAUAUUGCCUUUCCUUGAGGAUACCAUAGAGGCAAGCUGCCAUCAAGAUGGCAGAACAUAUGAUGAUGCUUUUAUUGAUGCACAUGAUUCAAGCUUGUACUUUGCAAUCCAUCAAUUGAGAUCUGGCAACCAAGAAUCUGAUGUUAAUCAGUACUCUGAAUUGGAUCAGUCAGAGUGCUUUGAUCCACAUAUGUUUAUCAGAAAUCUUCCUGACCUGCCAGAUGUGGCUGCAAACUUUCCACCCACCAACUUACUAAAGGAAACACAUAAAACAAGAUCUGUUACCCUUGUGCUCGAUCUGGAUGAAACACUUGUUCACUCUACAUUGGAGCACUGUGAUGAUGCGGAUUUCACCUUUCCAGUUUUUUUCAACAUGAGGGAACAUACAGUUUAUGUGAAACAGAGACCUCACCUUCGGACAUUCCUGGAAAAGGUUGCUGAGAUGUUUGAAGUCGUGGUGUUCACAGCUAGUCAAAGCAUUUAUGCAGCAAAACUUCUGGAUAUAUUGGAUCCAGAUGGAAAGCUUAUCUCUCACCGAGCCUACCGUGAAUCAUGCAUUUUUUCAGAUGGAACUUACACUAAGGACCUAACAGUAUUAGGUGUUGAUCUUGCAAAAGUUGCUAUAAUUGAUAAUUGCCCACAGGUUUUCCGUUUGCAAGUGAAUAAUGGGAUUCCUAUUAAGAGUUGGUUUGAUGAUCCAUCAGACUCUGCACUAAUUUCACUACUACCUUUCCUUGAGACCCUGGUUGAUGCCGAUGAUGUCCGUCCUAUCAUUGCUAGGAGAUUUGGUCGUGCGAAGAUCUGUUUUGGAUCUGCUGCCAAUUGCAGUAACAAUAGGUACGCAGUUUUCAUAUUGUCAACUAUUUUUUCAUUGACCACCCCACACUCCCUUUGAUAUUUUCCCCUCUGUAACUUCACUGACAGCACUUAAUAGUUGUCAAUUUCAAGUAUGGCAUGUUUGGUGAGGUUAUCUCUUGUUGCGUACUAGUAUUAUACGAUAUUCAGUCUUAUGUAAUGAAAUUACGUUUAAUGGAUCAAGCUGCAACAUGUUUUAUUUCCGUUGGUCUGAUCUCUUGUACCUUCAGAUCUUCAGAGACAUGUUUUCUGAAUCUAUGUUUUGUUUGUGCUGUGACUGCUUGUAUGUCUCAUUUAACGUUUGCCGUCUCUUGGGAUUGACCCAUACUUCCUGUUGUUCCGCAAGGAUAAAUUUAUGUACAGAAUAAAGUUAUGGGUGUUGCCCUUCUUUUUC